AGAGGCUCUACGAGGUGACGGCCUGGUUCCCCUUAGGGAACCUUAGUGGGCAGUUCGAGGCGAGACGGCACAGCUGGGGCUGGCUAUGCAGUUGCUCUUCCUGCUACUCCUGCUGUGGCCGGGCCCCCCCAUGGCCCCUGGCAUGGAGGACACGGCCUUCCCUCACCUUGGGGAAAGCUCACAGCCCCUGCCCCGGCCCUGCCCCCCUCGCUGCUCCUGUCCCCGAGAGGACAUGGUGGGCUGCGACGGCCUGGACCUGCGAGUGUUCCCAGACAACAUCGCCAGGGGUGCUCAGCACCUCUCCCUGCAGAACAACCAGCUCCAGGAGCUGCCCUACAACGAGUUGUCCCGGCUCAGGGGGCUGCAGACCCUCAACCUGCACAACAAUCUCAUCUCCUCUGAGGGUGAGCAGCCAGGGCCCCGGGCGGCUCCAGGGUUCCAGCACGUGGGUACGGCCCGGAAUAACCUCAUCGCCAAGGUGCCCCGGGGAGCCCUCAGCCGCCAGACUCAGCUCCGGGAGCUCUACCUCCAGCACAACCGGCUGACCGACAGUGGCCUGGAUGCCACCACCUUCAGCAAGCUGCGCAGCCUUGAGUACCUGGACCUGUCCCACAAUCAGCUGGUUGAGGUGCCCGCUGGCCUGCCCCGGACCCUGGCCGUCCUGCACCUGGGCCGGAACCGCAUCCGGCGGGUGGAGGAGACCCGGCUGCAGGGAGCACAGGGCCUGCGCUACCUGCUGCUGCAGCACAACCAGCUGGGGGGCACGGGGCUGGCCCCCGGUGCACUGCGGCCCCUGCGGCGCCUGCACACACUGCACCUGUAUGGGAACGGGCUGGACCGUGUGCCCCAGGCGCUGCCGCGCCGCCUUCGAGCCCUGGUGCUGCCCCACAACCAAGUGGCCAUGCUGGGCGCCCGAGACCUGGCCGCCAUGCGGCGUCUGGUUGAACUCAACUUGGCCUACAACCGGCUGGCCAGUGCCCGCAUCCACCGCCGGGCCUUCCGCCGGCUGCGUGCCCUGCGCAGUCUGGACCUGGCCGGCAACGAGCUGACACGGCUGCCCACUGGCCUGCCCUCCAGCCUCCUGGCCCUGCGGCUGCCUCGCAAUCAGCUGCGGGCCCUGGAGCCCCAGCCACUCGCUGGCCUGGUCCAGCUGCAGGAGCUCAGCCUGGCCUACAAUCGGCUCCGGGUUGGUGACAUUGACCUCGGCACCUGGCACGGGCUGCAGGCCCUCAAGGUGCUGGACCUCAGCCACAACGAGCUGUCCUUCGUGCCCCCGGAUCUGCCCGAGGCCCUGGAGGAGCUGCACCUGCAGGGCAACCGCAUCGGCCACGUGGGUCCCCAGGCCUUCGCCAGCACGCCCCACCUGCGUGCCCUCUUCCUCAGGGCCAACAGGCUUCACGUGACAAGCAUCGCGCCCGAAGCCUUUCUGGGGCUCCCGCUUCUGCGCGUGGUGGACACCUCGGACAACCCGGAGCAGGUCCUCGUCCGGCUGCACCCCACGGCCACACGCCGACCGCGGGCAGGCGGCCCCUGAGACCGGGCCCACCUGGGACUUCGGGGAGUGGGCUCAGCCUCAGUGGGGAGCAAGUGCC